AUGUCAACAGACGAAUAUCUCGAGGGCUACUCCAUGCGCCGAAAUGGCUCAUGCGCGGGGGGUGAGACAGAUUGUGGUAAGACCUGGGACUCAUUUCGAAGAUGUUGUCCGGGAAAUACCGAAUGCCCUGCUCAACCAAACAGCCCAGGGAUAUGCUGUCCAACUACGAAGAAUUGCAAGGCCGCGUUAGAUAAUAAAUGGCGCUGUGCAGACCCUACAGCGGAUCUCUACUUUGUUGAAAAGACCGAGGGUUAUUUCUGCUGCGCAAAUGAUACUCGAGGGCUUUAUACAGUCAGCAGAAAUUAUGCGGCCUGCGCAAAAGCAGAAGACAUGAACGACCUCGGUGUGGAAGUGAAGACAAUGAAAGCAAUUGUCCAAUAUACUCUACCUGCCUCUACAAGCUCGAAUAUUGCCACGACUACGACACUCUCCUCGUCGACAUCAGGGACAAUUACCGCAACUUCCACCUCCUCGAACAACGCAAAUACCGACACUUCUCACUCUAACACCGGGGCAAUCGCAGGUGGUGUGGUUGGUGGUAUAGCCGGUGUCAUCAUCUUGAUUGGGCUGGCCUGGUGUUUAUUCCGUCGCCGAAAGAAGCACCCUCAAGAUAGCCAAUCCAUCCAACCUCCCCCAGGCCCUGCAUCGGAGUUGAGUGGUAGUAAUCAGAUCACAGAACUGAGCGGUCAAAGCAUUGCAGAGCUACCAGGUUCAGAGCACCGGAAGUCCCCACCUGUUGAAUUGGCGACAUGA